AUGGCAGAGUCCACCGAUGACGCCCCAUCUCGCGACGCCGACGCCAUGGCAGACUUCGUCCCAACUUCCACGGCUCGCCCCGACGAUGGCCCAAAGCUUCGCUGCUGCUGCGGCCGCAACGAUUGCGCCUUUCUCAAGCACAGCUGCACCCUCCUGGAAACCGUCGAAAAAGAUGUCCAUACCGCCGCCAAGCUGGGCAAGGCCCUGCUUGCCCGCCACGAGGCAUACAUGGCCGAUGCGGAACGAGACCGCCUGUCAUUAACAAGCCGAAUCGAACAGUUGGAGAACGACAAGCUGGAGCUACAGGCCGAGAACACGAGGACCGUUGAGGAGAACCGAACCUUGCUCGACCAGCUCGAGAUGCUGAACAACACCGUCCAAGAUUCCGACAUCCGGAUCCAGACCCUGGAGGCCACCCUGCUGUCUUCCCACCAGGCCGUCCGUCGCCUUGAGGGCGCAGCAGCCCGUGCUGCUGAGAUGGAACGGCAUAUCGCCCUCCUCGAGCAGGAACAGCUGCGUCUGCAAAACACCCUCAUCACCUCCGAAUCUGAAGCCCGCUCUGCCAUGCAGCGGUGGAGGAAAGCCGAGAGGGGAAUCUCCGAUCUUCAAGAGCAGCUGGAGCGCAUGGAACAGGAAGCCAAGGAGGAACGAGAACGCCACACGGAGGUUCUGGGCCGCAUGGAGCGUCAACGAGAGAUGGAAAAGGAGCUGAAUGCCGCUGCUGGACGUCUUAAGGGAGCCGCCGCAGCCAAGUCACUCAACACCGGGAAAAGUGGCACAAAUGUGGUGUCCCAUUUCGUGCGUGAUCUGCUUCAGGAUAAUGCAAACCUGCAGUUGGGCAUGGCGGAACUGCGGGAAAUGCUGGUCAACUCCAACGACGAAAUCCAGGCUUUGCGGGACCAGUUGAUGUGCCACCAGCCUAUUCACGAGGACGACACAAGCGCCGUGUCUACUUUGCGUGCAGAGCUUCCCCUGGAACCAGCCGAGGUGACUCAAAAUAUCUCCCAGGAGUUGCAUAUUCAUCACCACUACCACGUGGCCGAAAAGAACAAGUCGAAGAAGAAGCGUCAUAGCUUGAACCCAGGACUCUUUUCGCCUACGAGCGUUUCAAGAUCCUCUACGCCUCCUCCGGCGUGGCGCCCUCCACCAUCAACACCGGCCAUGGCCUCCCACUCUCACAAGGCCUCCACCUCGACAGUCUCCAUGGGGCCAUCUAACAGAUGGUCCGUUUUCUCGGAGCAACCGUCAGAGUUCGCACCUUCAUCCGUCCCAAGCUCCCCGCAGUCAAAUCCGCGACUGUCCAUGUUUGACAGGCCAAUCCUGGAUAUGGAUAUCCCCACGUCUCCAACCACAAGUCUGGACCCGACCUCACCAACAUGGAAGUCAUCUCACAACAAGCGCCCAUCGGAAGCGUCCAUGCGAAGCUUCUCCGUGCCUAGUAGGCUUUUAAGCGUGGCAUCCCCUGCUGCACCUGCGGCACCUGCGCUUCACGUCACGCAACACAUCUCGACGACGAUCGAGGAGGAAAGAGAAGAGAACGGCACAGAGGAGCUUCCGGAUCUCACUUCAGCUAGUGAAGAGGUCACGGAGACUGACACGGAGACGAUGGAGACGGAGACGGAAAGGUCGUUCUCGAAAUACGAGGAGCUACCCCGUCAGCGUCUGCAUCGUGCAGUCUCUCAUGAGUCGAUCAUGUCUCUGUCUGGAGGACUCGACAUUCACACGCUGAAGGUACGACCGAGUCAAAUGACCCUGCGGCCUUUGGGCGGGGCAGACGCCGUCUUCACUGGCGUUACCGCGCGGUCUACCAUCUCCCGCGGAAGCGACAAACGAAGUGACGUUAUGUUGCGCGACAGCCUCGCAGGGUUGCCCAUGCCGAGAAUGGCGUCCACGCCCGUACGUGGCACAUCGCCAUCUAGCCCCGGAUCGCAGCACUCUCAGUACUCAAGCGGUCUCGGGAGAUGGGUCAGCUGGCGGCCGUGGAGCGGCGGAGGUUCCGUUCCCCCCCGGGCAACCACUCCAACAACCACCCCGCCCACGCCUACGCCGCCUAAACGGAGUGGCAAGGAGAAAGAGAGAGAGAGGGACCUUCGCCGUGCACCAGGCAUCAACCAGCCCGGGGCGAUACCUGGGUUUCAGGAGUACUUGGCGGCUCACCAGCGCCGCGGACCCCCAAGCAAGGUGUCUCCUGAUCUUGUUGAUAUCGACGCGCUGCGAGAGGGGCUUGAAGAGUGA